AAUUACAGAAUAGAAAAAUCUUAGAAGAAUUGCAAUUAAAAAAACAAUUGCUUUUAAAGCAAGGUGUAGCACCAACAUUGAAUACAUCAUUAGCUGUUACAUCAACAGGUCCUUCUAAUUUGCCUCCUACACAGACCUCUGAUGGUGUUGUAAUGAAUGCAUCCCAAAGAGCUGCUUUACAUAAUGCGCAUGCAGCAUCAUCAGGUUACUUUGUAACACAGGAUUCUUCCUUUGGCAAUCUUAUUUUACCAGUUCUUCCAAGAUUUGAUGCUAAAUAGAAAAAUUAAGUUGCAGUUUCAAAUAAUAAGUAAUAAAUAAUUCUACAGACUUUGAACAAGUGUGAUAAAGUGAUUUUUAAUAUGAACUAAGUACCUCCUUCUAAGGGUACCUCUUAAAAGUAAUAGAACUAAAAGUGUAACACUGGGUGACAAUUGAUGAUUAAACACAGAAAAUGGCUAGCAUUACACUUCGCAAUUUAGAGACAUGGUUACAAGAGUUAGACAGAUUUGAAAAACCUAAAAUAUUACUUGAACAAUAUUGUACUAGUGCGCAUGUAGCAUCACACAUGUUGUACUGUGCUCAAGUACAAUUUGGUGAUAUACAAGGACGAACAGUUGCUGACUUAGGUUGUGGUUGUGGUCAUUUAUCAAUUGGAGCGAAACUGCUUGAAGCAAGUCAUGUAACUGGUUUUGAAAUAGAUCCUGAUGCACUUAACAUUCUCUCUAAAAAUUGCGAUGACUUAGAAUUAUUUGUGGAAACUGUACAGUGUGAUAUACUACAAUAUCUACCAGGGAGAUUCGAGAAAUUCUUUGAUACAGUUAUUAUGAAUCCACCUUUUGGUACCAAACAUAAUGCAGGCACAGAUAUGAAGUUUUUGGAAAUCGCGACUAAAUUAGCAUCAAAUACUGUGUACUCGUUACAUAAAACAAGCACGCGUAAUUACGUUCUUCAAAAAGCUGCACAGUAUGGAGCCAAAGGCAAAGUUAUUGCAGAAGUGAAAUUUGAUAUACCACAAUCAUAUAAGUUUCAUAAACAAUACUAUGUAGAUAUUAAGGUGGAUUUUAUACGAUUUGAAUUAAAUUAAUAAAAUAUUUUCAUGAC